CAUGCUGUGUGCAUGUUUAUUUUACACCACUUUUGUCCUAGCAAAACGCAAUUAUGCCAGGGAAGAAGAAGAAGUUCAUUGAUAAGAAGAAUGCUGUGACAUUCAGUCUUGUUCACAGAAGUCAACGUGAUCCUCUUCAAGCUGAUGAUGAGAGUUCUAAGUUUGUUCUGCAGCAGGUUGAGAACCCAAACCAGGGUAAGCAGAGCCAACUUGAAGAGCAACAGAAGUUUGGGGUCUACUAUGAAGAUGAUUAUAAUUACAUGCAGCAUAUUCGGGAAUCAAAGGGUGAGAAUGCAUGGGAGCUUAGCCAGCAUCCAGCAUCAUCGAAACCAAAGAAGAAUGUUCACUUUACAGUGGAAGACUUAUCAGAGAAACCUAAGCUACAGCUCCCAGCAGUUGUAUUUCAAUCCGAACAAGAAGAAGACGUAGGAAUGUUGAACAGAGCUGCACCCAUUUCAGGACCCAGACUUGAUCUCGAUCCUGAUAUCGUAGCUGCCAUGGACGAAGACUUUGACUUUGAUGAUCCUGACAAUGAACUCGAUGAUGACUUCAUGAUGAUGGCACAGAGUGAUAAACCUAAUACACGAUCGCAAGAUGAUGACUUUGAGGAUGACGAUGAGGAAGACGAUGAGGAGAGCGGAGAGGACUAUGACAGCGAUGAUCUUGACGAUGAUCAGAAGUCUUUUGCAUCAGAAGAAACUAAAUCCAGAUUCACCAGCUAUUCAAUGACAUCAUCUGUGAUCAAAAGAAACGAAGGAUUGACUCUCCUUGAUGACAGAUUUGAGAAGAUCUUUGAGGAGUAUGAUGAUAUGGAGAUAGGCGCGUUAGAUCAGGAUGAGAUUGAAGGUCGCCAACAAGAAGAAAGUCUGGUUCUACAACAAGCUAUCGAAGCUUUUGAAAAAGCAUCUAAAGUCAGCAUGUUAUCAUCUGACAGAACGAUGAACGAGAUAGAGACAGCCAAGAGAGAGCAUCAGCAGGAAUAUAUUGAGGAGGAAGAGGAGGAGGAGGAGGAGGAGGAAGAGAGAAUGAAGAUGUAUAUUGAUGAGAGGAAAGAGCAAUGGGAUUGUGAAUCCAUACUAAGUACAUACUCAACCCUCUAUAACCAUCCUACUACUAUCAAAGAACCAUUCAAACAAAAGAAGAAAAAACAACAGAACCAGACAACCAACUCCGAUGAAAAUGGUCAGAUCAAACUAUCUCAGAAAUCAGGCAUGCCACUUAAUGUGUUCCCCUCGCAUGGCCCGACCAAGAAGCAGCUAGAGAGGGAGGAAUUGGAUGAUAACCGUCUUGCUAUUGAGAGGAUGAGUAGAGUGAAAGGAGAGAAGGAAUCAGCAGAGGAAAGGAAAGAAAGGAAACAAGCUGUCAAGCUAGCUAGAAAGGAGAGGAGAUUAGAAAAGAAGGCCAACCAGCAGGUGUUCAAAGAUGAGGAGAAACGUCAGAAUAAAGUGAUGCACAAUCUCAAACAGAACCUGCAAGGAGUCAAGAUCUUAUAGCACCAAC